AUGCAAGAGGACGAGAGGAGUGAAGUAAUAGAGAGGUCUGAGUCAAAGCUGCUUCCAUCGAUUCCAUCAAUAUACUCUGCACCAUACCCUCCAUACCUGUCCGCAUUCUCCUCAAGAUUCCACACCCCACCUCCUCCUUUGCCUGGUUUUCCUCCACAUUUCCCAUUAUCUCCAACCUCUUACUAUCCUUCAUCUCCGAAAGUUCCAAACACAUGGAAAAUAAUACGAAUUUGUGGAGUCGAAGACAUCAAGAGUACAGAAUGGGCGGAUGGAAUCGAGACCGAAGCAAUAGACGAUAAGAAAGCAAUCGAGCAUCCCGAAAAUCUAUGGAGCGAGCGACGACAGAACUUCGCACCCGGAGAUGGAGAAUGGAUUCCGAUGGCUUGGAUCCCUAAGCCUAUUGGAGAUAUUGAUGUGUCAACAAUUCCAGACACCGGGCCACACAAUAUUUUUCAUUCUUUUACCCAUUCGCAUUUUUCUCAAUAUUCUUCUUCCUAUUUGUUUUCCUCUUACUCCAAUCUGAACCCCCAGAAUCAAAAACUCCACAUCUCGCAAUCCUGGAAGGGUACAACAGGAGAAAAUUCAAACGGUUUCGGAUAUCGUGGAAGAGUAUUGGGUCAGAGUAGAUUGCCUGGAAUGAUGAGUGAGCUAGGUGCCUAUCUGCAGAACGAGAGGGUGGAUAAUGGAAAUUGGGGGAGCAGAACAGACACGAGAGAAAGAAUGAGGGAGAGGGGGAUGAGAUGGGAGCGAGGGGCAGGGAGAGAAAUUCAGACUUAA